UGGUAGUUGUUUUUGGUAUUAUUGACGUCACCUUAGAACGGUAACAUUACGUUGCCGUUGCGACCACAACAUGGAAACCAUCAAUCCCACAUACUCGUAUCUGACGAAUCUAGAGGUGAUGAAGAUUCUCCAAAAGAUCAAGAGCACAAAAAAGAAGUUUGGCAUGAGGAACCUGGCAACUGUAACCUAUGAGGCGCUGCAAUAUCUGGAGGACUCGCCGUGCAAAACCCAGACCCGGGAAUCCAUCAUAAACUAUGUGAAGGAUCUGUCCAGCUACCGAUUGAAAUCCCACGAGAUACUCCAAAUGGUCAACGAUCCGCCAACAAGUGCUCUUCACACGCAGCUGCUCAUUGACGACAACAAGGUGCCCUUGACGGACGAGGAGAACGAGAAGAUUAUCCAGCUGAGUUACAAACACUUCCACAGUGGACCCGAAAAUAAGGAAGCCAAAGAGGACACAGCUCCUGCUGCAGGCAAGGAAGCCGCAACAGAAGCCACAAGUAAGCCCGCAAAGGCAGCAGCAGCGGCGAAAAAGCCAUCCACCUCGGCAGACCAGCCUAUGGAGGUGGAUAACAAGGACAGUAGGGAAGAGCAGCCACAAAAAUGACACAGUUUAGGGGAUU